GCGCCGCGCCACGCCAGUGUGCCGCCGGCCUUCAUCCACGAAGGGUCUACGCCGCGCGUCCGCCGCAUCCUCGUCGCCAGAAACGUCUUGUCGAAGUCCGGCCCACCCGUGCUCGCGAGUGAUCCUGCACCUGUGGAUUUGCACCCGUCGUGACCCCGUGUGACGCGCGUGCCACGAUGUGAUUGGGAUGCGCGCGUGUCACGACAGUCACGACGUGAAACGAGGGAAAAGAAAAAUAAGUGUGUGAUUGUGGUCCCUUCCCCCGCUCGGCCCCCUUGCCAGUGACAGAGUGAAGCUUCAAGAUGAUGUCCGAGGGCUUUUUGGUGGGCGAUGGCUCCUGGAACCUGCGAGUGUUCGUCACGGACCUGCAGGUCGAGCGGUCCCUUCGCGUCAAGGGAGACCUCCACAUCGGCGGCGUCAUGUUGCGGCUCGUCGAGGACCUAGGUGAGUCCCAGUGCACGAUGCUGGUCGCUGGCGAGUCCGCUCGCCGCCUGGCAGUCCUGACAGUCCCUGCCGGGGGUCUUGUUCUUGUGGUCGACGGAUGCGGCGAUGCGGGCCGGAGAAUGGCAGGGUGUUUACUCCUAUUCGACGUUCUGUCACACUCGGCCGCCUUCCCUCUCCUCUAUCCCAAUUUCAAUUCCACCACGAAAAAACAGAAAUAG